GGCUCUCGAUUUCCACGAUGACUUCCAAGUGUGUUCAUAAAGGGUGUGGCAAGGAGUUCACCGAUCCAGAGGAGGCGUGCGUUUACCACCCGGGACCCCCAGUCUUCCACGAGGGGCAGAAAGGCUGGAAGUGCUGCAAAACGCGUGUCCUUACGUUUGACGAGUUUCUGGCCAUCCCACCAUGUACCACCGGCAAGCAUUCCACCGUCGACGACACCCCCAUUGAGCCCAAGAAACCGGCACCAGAAAUCCCAGACGUUGUUCCGGGGCGACCAGCUCUCGACGUGACCCUUGCUCCUGGCGCUCCUGCAUCGCCUGCGCUGGCUCCUCCCUCGACGACCUCGACGCCUGUCCCCGAAGAGCCAGAGACCGAGGACGACGAUCCUUCGCUGGAAAUCUCCCCCAACGCAACAUGUCGCCGCCGGGGCUGCAACGCGACAUACAACCCCGCCACACCCCGCGAGGAGGAGAAGUGUGUACACCAUCCGGGUCAUCCGAUUUUCCACGAGGGCAGCAAAGGAUGGUCGUGCUGCAAGCGUCGGGUGCUAGAGUUUGACCAGUUCCUCAAGAUUGAAGGCUGCACGGAAAAGACGCAACAUCUGUUUGUGGGCAAGGGCAAGCCUCCUGGCGAGGAGAAGGUCAAAACAGUGCGGAAUGACUUCUACCAGACGGUACACACGGUCACGGUCUCGUUGUACCUGAAGAAGAUUGACAAGGAACGCGCCACGGUGAACUUCACCUCCUCCACUAUCGAGCUGGACCUGCCCACAACCGACAACAAGCGCUACCAGGACACAUACACUUUGUUUGCGGCCAUCGAUCCGGAAAAGUCGCAGUUCCGCAUCAUGGGCACCAAGCUGGAGUUGGUGUUGGCCAAGACGGACGGUACCGCCUGGCCGGUCCUGCGCAGCGAUGACAAGUGGACUGGGCAGAGGAUUCAAAUUGGGAAUGCAGGGCGGGCGUGAGGCAUGACACCCAGCAAUCCACAAUGCAUAUGUUGGCCAUGUCAACUGGACCGUACAGCUUUUGGUUGGUUGAAUUGCAUACAUCAGAUGCCUCGUACAGAGUACAUGGUAGGUAGUAAGGUACCCAAGCAUGUAGCUAGUUCCGUACGACUCUCCAUGAUCGGACCGCACGCAACCAGCGAUAAUCAAGAGAGAAUGAAAAAAACACUGGCAGUCUACAAAUAAAAUCUAGCAUAUAAUAAAAUGAUAUAUCACGCCCCCUCCACAGCUAAAGCGCAUGGAGCUCCAAAAAGGAACCCUAGCCCAGCCAUGAUAUGUAAAGGGAAAAAGGGAGACGCAUUUGUUCUCCAGAGCCGGGAACGGAAGGAAACCCAUCGGGAUAUAAAACCGCGAAUAACCCUCAGCAAGCAGUCUUUGACUGAGCUCCAGUUUUGUUUACAUAGAAAGUAAACCUCUA